UUCAUUAAAUAUGGAUAUAUAAAGCCUAAAAUGAUAAAGUGCACAGUCAGAGUUACUGGAUCACUGUAGUUCGUUCAGGGAGUAUAUUAUAUUGUUAAAGAAUGGCGGAUGGACAAUGUUUUUUAGAGGAUGACGACAUUUUAGAGGAUAUGGAGAACUUCGACUAUAGUGAGUCAGACCUGGAUGAAGACAGCGAUAAAGAUUAUGUCGCGGUUGGUAAUGGUACCGAUUCAGAUAUUGAUUCAGAGUUUUUUGACGCUGAUUCAACUUCCCCCUCACCAGAGAAAACUAAAAAACAUAGGCCAAGAGGUGCAGUAUCUGAGGCUAUUUCAACUCCUUCCACACUUUCAGCCACACCUAAGAAAGACAGACACAUUGGUUAUGGUAGCGAUUCUGAAGAAUCUGAGGCUCUUUCGACUCCUUCCACUUUUACAGCCACACGAAAAAGAGCUAAUCAUUUUGGUUACGUUAGCGGUUCAAGAGUAUCUGAAGCUCUUUUUUCUCCUACAAAAAGGAGGAGGGGUAGGCCAAAGGAUACGAGAUGUGCCCAAGCUGAAACUGCUGCGGGCAGAUACACCAACUGGCGUAAUGUAACGUCAAAUGAUGAAGAUGGACCUGAUAUCCCAUACAACUUCCGAGACAAGGGUUCUGGAGGGAAAGAUUUACCUCAGGCUGAUAGCAAACCAAUUGAAUAUUUCAAGCUCUUUUUCACCGAGGAAUUGGUAAAAAUGAUAGUGGACGAAACAAAUAAAUAUGCGGAUAAAAAAAUACAGGAGACACUCUUAUCACCUCAUUCUCGCCUACAUCAAUGGGAAAAUGUUACUGUACCUGAAAUGUACUUGGUUAUUGGACUUCUACUUAACAUGGAAAUAGUAAAGUUGCCUCGUCUUACUGACUACUGGUCAGAAUCGCCUCAAAUUCGUGUAGACUACUUUCGUAAAGCUAUGUCUCGAAACAGAUUUCAGAACAUUUUUAAAUCAUUGUUACAUUGUUAUGACAUUGAUGAGAGCAAAAGGGGAAAAGGUGACAAAAUCCAACCUAUUAUCAACUACAUUGUUACAAAAUUUCAGCAACAUUUCAUUCCAUAUCAGCAAUUAUCAGCCGAUGUGUCUAUGAUUGGUUACAAAGGCUUUGUUCAAUUUCGACAAUAUAACCCAAGGAAGCCAGUCAAGUGGGGACUCCUAGCUAGAACAUUAGCAGAUGCUAAAACCGGAUAUCUACUGAAUAUCAUGAUGUAUUACGGCAAAGUAGAACAAAAAGAAAGCUUUCAAAAUUUAACAAAACCAUCAUCUACAAUUAUUGAACUACUUGGACCAUACCUCAACAAAGGUUACCAUGUUUUCUGUGAUCGACUAUAUACAUCUUUGGAUUUAGCUGAUCAUCUGCAUAAUAAAAGAACGUAUCUCACAGGAACAAUAAGGGCAAACAGAAGCGGAAUUCCUGCUCAGAUCAAAGCAAAUAAAAAAGGAAUAAUAUCAAUGCGAAGUGGGAAAAUUUUACUGCAAAAUUGGAUAGACAAAAGACAAGUAAUAAUGAUAUCAACAUACUACAGGGGGGACGAACUAAUUAGGAAGAAGAUGAAAACAAGUGAAAAAAUAGUUGAAAAACCACUAGCAGUUGAAGAAUACAAUCAAUACAUGGGUGGGGUUGAUUUAUCAGAUCAGAAUACAUCGUAUUACAACUUUAGUAGGAAAUCAGAACUGUGGUGGAAAAAAAUGUUCUUUUGGCUUUUAGAAAUUUGUGUAACUAAUAGUUAUCUAUUAUACAAACAAUCGAGACCUGAGCAGCGAGGAAAGAAUCCUUCUUUGUUGAGUUUUCGUCAGGACUUAGUGCCUGAUCUUGUCGAUCUUGGAAGAGAGCAUUUUCCACGUCAGCAGCGGGAAAGGCCAUUAUCAUCAACUCCAGGGCUACAUCCAUCAAAAGGUUAUUUCCAUGUACAGAAGAAGCGUGAACCUGGCCAAAGGGCCAGAGAAUGCAAAUUUUGCAGUGAACGGAGAAAGAACGGACGGCGCAAAGAUACAAGAUAUUAUUGUGAUACUUGCCAAGGGAAACCGGGUCUUCAUCCUGGGGACUGUUUUUCUGCGUACCAUAUUCAGAGCCUGAAUAAUCAUAGCCUUUUUACUUCUUCGAUUGUGGUUACUUCUGAGCAACCCAAUACUUUGCGAUCCAGUAACCCUCAACAAGGGAUUCAAUUGAAAGAAGAGAUAGGAUAAUGUGAAUCCAUCAAGAAUGUACAGACAUUGGAUAACUGGCUCAAUAUGGUGAUUUCAACAAAAAAAGACUAUGGAAAGUGGAAACUGAAUUGAAUGCGGUUGUGUUGAAUGCAUCUGAAGCGUAAAAUAGACAGCGGCCUUAGAUUAGUGACUGACUGCUGUAUAUAAAAUUUGUUUGAAUAAAAAUACAAAUUUAACAGUGAACCACGCAGCAAGGAAUAACAUGAAAAUACUUGAGCAGAUUAAUGAUUUUCUGGGUCUGGAAGUUCACAUGAAUUUCAAAUUUGUAUUGCUGACUCAUUUCUUGACUUGAUUUACCUGACAUUUUUAUGUAACAUUCACAUGACCUCAGCAAUAUCAAAUUUUUUAAAUAUUGCCGACUCAUUUUCCUUCAUAUUGCCUCAUAUUUUAAUUGUUUUUUCAUUAGUCUUACUGUAGCAUUAACACUGGUGGACACAACAGGAAAGGAGCCUGAUGACUUUUAUUAUUUUUUUCGGACUGGCCCCGUACGGUACUAGCUUUUAUACUUAACAUUGUAUAUGAUUACUCAUUAAUGUUGCCAUGUGAAAUAAAAUCUCUCCAUGUUUA